AUGGUGCGUGUGAGAGGGCGCGCGACGCGCAAACGCGCCAAUCGAAAAGCUGGAAGCGUUCAGCAAGACAGGGAGGCCUUGCAAUUGGGCCUCUACUUGUCAUGGCUGCGCAAUGAGUUGGACAGUGAAGCAGCAUGCCUGGAGAUGCCUUGGACGAUGUUGUUGCUCUUGACUUUUGCGGUUAUCGUUUACAUGCACACGCGACCGGAUUUCGUGGUGGUUGUUGAAGGGGCAUGGAAAUCAGCUAUAGAGGAAGGUGCCACCUUUGCUUGGUCGGGGAAUUUCGGCCACAAGAAUGUGUACGACGUAAAUUCCCUGGCCGACUUCUGGUCUUGGCUUCGAUUGGGCUUCCUCCCACUGUUGGUGCAACAUUCCUGGGCUUGGUCUGAAGGCUUGGAUGAGGCCUAUGCGGUGUCUGCCCAUCUGAGUGGGAACUUCUCCAGCAGCCUGCCAGACCGUUUGGACCUGGCCUACGGUCUCUUCGCGGAUGAGCCCUGGGACAGUGCCCUGCUGCCUGUGCGGGAUGACUUCUUGAGCUACCAGAAAAUCGUGGCUGGCAUCCGAAUGCAGCAGGAAAGAGCUGUGGGAAGCUGGGAGGCCUGCCACAUCCCCUCCAGCAUGCCAGAAGAUCUCUGGAAAGACUGGUUGGGCAAGCCAUGUAUGCUGGCAGAUCAGUCCUAUUUCCUCACCCCCGAAGUUCAUCAGUCCGAAACCUUCAACGGCGAGCCCAUGCGGGUGGAGUGGUUUCUUACCAUGAAGCAGGCGCUGCAAGAGCUGCAGAUGAUGACCUUGGACAUGGAGGACGGUUGCUCGGACUUGGCCAGCAAGGCCGCGCAGCCAGGUCGUCCCGAGGUCCCGGAUGAGUGCUGGUGCCAAAGCUGCCAGGAUGGUGCCCAGGGCUCCGGAGGCAGCCUGGUGCCUGGACCAUGGCUGGAUGAAUACACCCGCCGAGUUGAAGUGAGCACCGUGGCUUACAACCAAAACUAUGGCUUGGUGUCGCUGGUGUCGGUCAACUUCUUCAUCAACAAAGCAGGACAUGUGCACAAGCUCCUGGAUGUGCAGUCAGCCCGAAUCGAUCCCUAUGUGGGGUACCUUCUCUCGGUCUUCAUCAUGGUUUCCUGUGACAUCCUUUGGUUGAUAGGGUUGCUGAAGCUUCUCCUGAACGAGGUGCAGGACAUUGUCAACACCAUCACAGGCUCGCAACAAGCCUGGUGGAAGGCUCUGCUUUUCGAGUACCUAGCUUUCUGGAACAUCGUGGACUGGCUGUCGUUGGCCUGUGCUUGGGCAGUGUUGGGGACGUACAUCCGUGCAGGCAUGGAGGUUGCAGCCACAUCCUUGCAGCUCGAGAACGUCUUGCAGCCAGAUGUCCAGAAUCGAACCAGAGAGGAGCUUUCCGCCAGGAGCGACCUGGUCUUUCAAGCCACGGCCACUUGGACCGAUCGUUACGGUCCGCGCUGA